AUCCAAAAUGGAAAUGAAACAAGAACCCUCCAAUUUACCAUAAAUAUUCCUAUUGCCCUUCUUCCACCAAUCCAGUCUUUUUCAGAAGAAAAGUCAAACAGAAGCUGUUUCACUAUAAAAGGGUUAGUUUCCUUUUAUCUUAUCGGACUUUCUUUCCGCUCACAUUCUUUCCUUUACCAUCUCUCCCUUUGUCAUUGGUGACUUCAAACUCUUUAAACGGAAAAACUCAGAAUCCCACUACAAACACUACCAAUCCCCCCAAACUGGAAGUUAAAAAUAAUAACGAGAAGGGGAAAAAUGGUCAGAGAGAAGAUUCAGAUCAAGAAAAUCGACAACGUGACGGCGAGGCAGGUGACUUUCUCCAAGAGACGAAGAGGGCUUUUCAAAAAAGCCGAAGAGCUUUCUGUUCUUUGCGAUGCUGAUGUUGCUCUUAUUGUCUUCUCCGCUACGGGGAAACUCUUUGAAUUCACCAACUCGAGCAUUAAGGAAAUUAUAGAGAGGCAUCGUAUCCACUCGAAGAACCUUGAGAAAAUGGAAGGCCCAUCACUUGAGUUGCAGUUGGCAGAGAGCAACAACUUGGCCAGGCUAAGUAAGGAGAUAGCAGAGAAAAGUAAGCAGCUGAGGAAACUAAGGGGAGAGGAGAUCCAUGGAUUAAACAUAGAAGAAUUGCAGCUGCUCGAAAAGACUCUUGAAAUUGGAUUGAGCCGUGUGAUUGAGAAAAAGGGUGAAAAGAUUACGAAAGAGAUCAAUGAACUCGAAAGAAAGGGAAAGCAAUUGAUGGAAGAGAAUGACCGAUUGAGGCAACAAGUGGCAGAGAAAACCAACGCUCAAAGAGAAGCUACUGCUGAUGAUUCAGAAAACAUGAUGUAUGAGGAAGGCCAGUCUUCAGAGUCCGUAACCAAUGGCAACUCUGGCCCCCCUCAACCUGACUCCGAAAGCUCUGAUAUUUCUCUCAGAUUGGGUUUGGCAAUGUAGCGUGUUAACCUGAUGCAGCUGACCAUACGAGGGUUAAACGGGGAGCAAGCUUCAAGUAGUUAUCGAUGUAUUAACAAAUGAUGUAAGUAUGGCAUGCCUUUGGAAACUUGGGACAUUGUAUGUGUUAGCAAGAAUUAAUGUGUAGCUAACUACACAGGUUGUUGAGAACAUGAAACUUGUACUUGUUCAAGUAUGUCGUUUUUAUUAGUGGCAGUAAUUUAACACACUCUAUGCACUUGUAUUUUCGGUCAAGAGCCUUUCAGGUUUUACUUGAGAGAUGAUGUGUGAAAUCGUAAGGCUGACAGUUUAGUAAUGUAGAAUAUUGAUAAUUGAAGAUUCUCGAGAAAGUGAGUGAAAUGGGUUUUAGAUUGUUUA